AUGAGUGAAAUCAAUGAGUCUCUUAUAGAAGCACCACUUAAAGCCUUACUAGAAGAUGUAAACAAUUAUGAUUACAAAAAAGGUAUUAUUCUGCUUGGAAAGCUAUCUGGAAGGCUAGAGUGACUUAAAAUUAAUUGAAAAUCAAUUAAAAGAUUACGAUACAUUGCCAGGACUAGUUAAAAUCAUAGCCACUCUAUUUAAGACAUUAAUGAAGAAAGUCGAGAAAAAAAUGACACUUUUGAAACUUAAUCUUAAUGAUAAUAGUGCUAAUUAAAGUUAUCAUGCAGAAGAGGAAUAUGAUAAAUUAGAAUAGAUUAUAUAAAAAUAUGAAGCUGAGAUUAGAGGACAUAUAAGCGUAACAUGAGUUUUGAUUAGUUCUUUUAGAUUGAAUAAUAACUUAAGCUUUAUAAUGAUAGUUUAUUAUAGAAGAUAGAAGACCUAGAAAAGUCCCAAAAAGAAACAAUAGAAUAAUUAAAUAAAAAAAUUUAUGUAAAUAAUAAAAAUAUCAGAUUUAGACUUUAAAAAAGGAUCUAGGAAAAUCUACAGAGAGCUAUCGAUAAUUAAUAAAGGAGAAUGAACAAUUACGAGAAUCAGUAGAUCAUUAACAUAUAGUACAUACAGAUAGUGAAGUCAAUGGAAGAAUCAAAGAUAAAAAGUAAUUUAAGAUAAAUUUAUUAGUUUUGUCAUUCAGAUCACAGAUUAAAAAGAGCUGAUUAUAGUAGUGAAUACCCUAAAUCAGUUGCAAAUCUAUAUCCUUAGAAUUCUAUGAGACAUUCUACACCUUUGAAAUCAUAAUCAUAACAUCAUAAAUGUGGAAAGUUUAAUAAUUAAAUUCAACAUCGUAGCAUAUAAGAAUAAGAUUUAUUUACAAAAUAUAAUAAAUUACUCAAAUAACAUGCUUAAUCUAUCACUUAAAGAUCUUAGAUAAUUUAAGCAAGUCAAUAUUUAUUAAAAGGAGGUUUUGGUAACAAUACAAAAAAGAUAAGGAACACAUUGAAUGUAAUAUCUGAUAUUUGUAAUGCCUAAUAAUAAAAGUCUUCAUAAAGAAAUAAAAGUUAAGGUAACAGUUCAAAGGCAGGAGGCACAAGUUCUCAAAAUCAUGUAAUCUCGAACAAUAAAUCAGGUCCUCAUAAAAUUAUAUCUGAAACAUCCAAAACAAAUGAAGCCAUUUAGAGAUUACUAAAACUUAAAUGA